CAUCCUUAUGUUGGUCUCACUGGCUAUGUUGGUGCAAGCCCUAAGCUCCAAGGUGCUACUUCCAAAAGGCUAGUUGCAGGUCUUUUGGGUGUGGAAUCAGGCCAAGAUGCAGUGAUUCGAGCAUUGCUAUACCAGCGCGCAGAGUUGAAAGUGGAACCAUAUGGCAUUACAGUGGCUGAGUUCACAAAUCGCAUUUCGGAACUAAGGAAUAAGCUAGGACACAAAGGUUUGAAAGAUGAAGGCCUUGUGGUUCCCAAACACUUGGGUGCUGAGGGAAAAGUUAGCGGCAACAUUCUCGUUGGAGACGAGUACUCACUUGCAUAUGGCAGGACUCCAGAGGAGAUACUAAGGAUCGUAUAUGGUAGCGGUAAUGAACAUGUACCGGGCGGUUUCUACCCUAAAGGAGCUGACGGCCGGAUUGCUAAAUCUUAUUUGAAAAAUGAAUAGGAGAGAUUUUUUAAUGCAACCGGCACACCACGUGUUAUUAUAUAAAUUGUGCGAUAUGUGUGUUAAAAAAUUAAUAACUUAAAAAAUAAAAUUUCCCACUACUUACAUAAAAACACGUGAUGUACACCCGUGUUCCCAUCACAAUUAAAAAUUUCUCAAGGAAUAGGACAUGAACAAAUAGGACUAGUUUGGUUGCCAUCUAGUUUACCUUCUUCAGAAUGUUUUUUUUUUCUUUGUUUUUUCCUUUUCUAGACAGAAUAAAUCAUGUCCUUAAUUAAUUUGAUGUAAGGAAUCGUUUCACGCUUCA